AUGGACUACCACAGCGACCAGCCCGACGAGUCUCCGGAUCGGGUGGCAUUGGCCAUCGUCAGACAACCGGCCACCGUCCCCGUCAGCGAUGCGCGGUAUGGAGGCGCGAUCCUGGUCAACCCGGGCGGGCCCGGCGGGUCGGGGGUCGCAAAGGUGCUGAACGACGGGCCGCAGAUGCGGCAGAUUGUCGAUGGGGACCGGUCGUUCGACAUCAUCGGCUUCGAUCCCCGAGGCGUCAACCACAGCACGCCGGUGCUGGCGUGUUUCCCGGACAGCGUUGCCCGGCAGACGUGGCAGCUGCAGGUGCAGGCGGAAGGGCUGUUGGGCAGCUCGGAGGGAUCGCUGAGAACGGCGUGGCGACGGGCGAGGGCGUUUGCCGACGGCUGUUCGAGCGGACGGGGGUCGGGGUCGGGGUCGGAGAAUGGAACUGAGACCGGGACCGGGAUUGACUUCCUCGAACACGUCAACACCACACCUGUCGCCGCGGACAUGGUCGAGAUCAUCGAGCGGCAUGGCCAGUGGCGUGAGCGAGAGGGAGUCAAAGCGGCGGCGGAAGUACAAGUAGUGCUCGACGCAAGACAUGUCCAGGGAGACCAAGAUACCAAGCAGCGGCAGCAGCAGCAGCAGCAGCAAGAACAACACCACAUCCUACAGCGUACCAAGUGGCGCAAAGGCUGCGAACAACUGCUCUACUGGGGCUUCUCGUACGGGACGAUCGUGGGCGCGACAUUUGCGUCCAUGUACCCGGAGCGCGUGGGCCGGCUGGUGCUGGACGGCGUGGUCGACGCCCAAGACUACUACCACGGCCCGUGGCUGGCGAAUCUGGCCGACACGGAUUUGAUUCUGCAGCAGAUCAUGGCCUACUGCGCCGAGGCCGGGCCGGAGCGAUGUGCGUUCUGGCGGCCCGGCGGUGCGCAGGCCAUCCAGGCCGCAUACAACAAGCUGCUGCAUGAUAUCUGGGCCGAUCCGCUAUCGGUGCCGGGUGAGAGGCAGAGGGAGAGCCAGACCAGGCAGCAGAGGGAGAGGCAGAACCAGAACCAGCAGGGUGGGCGUGGGCGUGGGCGUGAGCCUGGUCGAAGUCGAAGUCGCGGCCCCGAGAUCAUCACCUGGAGCGACGUCAAGAUGGUGGUCAAGAACGCGCUAUAUCAGCCGCUGGCACUGGCGCCCGUCAUGGCCGAGCUGCUCCAGGACAUCACGCACGGCUCGCCGCCCGGUGCGCUGUUCGCCGACUACAAACAGUCGGCGGCCGAGUUCGCGCGCCACAGCCGCUGCCGGUCCGCCCAGUGUGAGGCCGACGGGCCGUUUUCCGACGAGUGCGUCGUGCCCGGUUGGAGCGAGCUCGACGCCACCUCGGCCAUCCUGUGCACCGACGCCGAAGGCAUCGGCCGCCUGACCGAGGACGAGUUUCGCGAGUACUGGGAGAUGCUGCGGCGCCAGAGCUCCGCCAUGGGCGACUACUGGGCACACACGCGACUGGCCUGUGCUGGCUGGAAGGCGAGAGCCAAGUGGCGGGAGGCAGGGUGGGGGGAUCAGAAUCGAAUAGGUGAAACAGGCGAGGGAGCAGACGAAGCAGGAGAACAAGGAGAACAAGAAACCAUCACAACUCACCAUCCCAUCCUCUGGAUCUCCAAUACUCUCGACACCGUGACGCCGCUACGCAACGCACAUAGAAUGGCCGCCCGCUUCCCCGCCUCCGUGCUGCUCGAGCAGCUCGCCGAGGGCCAUUGCUCCUUCGCCGCCCCGUCGCUGUGUACUGCUAAGGCUGUGCGGCGGUAUUUCCAGACCGGUCGGCUGCCGGACCGGGGGACGCGGUGUGAAGUGGACGUGAGGCCGUUUGGGGACCAGGGUCAGGGGCAGAGGCAGGGGCAGAGCCUGAGUCAGGGUCAGGGUCGGAUCGAGACAAAGAAGAAGAACAAACCCCAACAGAAAUACCAACAGAAACAGAAACAGCUUGAUUCGUCGUCGCCAGAGGCUGUGUUGGAGUCCAAGUCAGAGGCUGUGUUGGAGUUCGACUCUGAGUUCGAGUCUAAGGUAGACGCAGAAUCAAGAUCGAGGCAAGACGAUGACACAGACGACGCAGACACAGACGCAGACGCCGCCCUGUUCGCAGCUCUGAUGGAUCUCGCCCGAACUGGCUAUAUGGUCAGGAUGUGA